UUAUAUAAGACUGCAAUUUGCUCUCUAUUCAUCAUUGAAAAUUCAAAUUAUGGAUUAUAUUAUCGCUCGACGUAGCGUGAAAUGUAAGAAUCAAUAAUUAUCGUCACGCUAUUGUGCGGAUUUCACGGAUCAUCGCGAACGCAUUCACAGUGAGAAACAUCUCUUGGCGAUACCGACAGGUCGCGCGUGCGAAUUUACAUUGCGCUUGUCCGAUUGACACUGCGACCAUCACAAAUCAUUCUCGCUCUUCUAUCCGCGAGAACGAUUCGAUAAUUGUAUCCUCGACAAAAAUUCAUCUCGUCCCAUGUUUAUCCUGGAUCUUCCUUGCAAAAUCACUGCGCGUAAUCCAUUGCAAAACACAUUAUAACACGACGAACGAGUCUGCGAGGCGGGGAUGCGAGCGUUUUACAACGACUCGACGAGGAACGCGGAGUUUACUUACGUUUCUCUCGUUGCUCGGCAGUGAUCACACCUGAAGUCUCAGUUUUUAUUGGCGAGGUCAAGCGAAUGAUGGACCAGCCAUCGCGAUAAUUUCGCGACAAUUCUAACUUUCGAAGUUUAGAACGCGGAUUUUCCCGCUGACAUCAUGACGCGUCUACGAGGUCGAGCCUCGUUGAUGGUCAUCGUGACCAUCAGCUUCAUCUUGCUGAUUGUCAUAUAUCACAUACUGAGUAACGAGAUUGAUGAGAUAUCGUCAGGCAAGAUUGGCACUCGGCUGAGAGCAGAGGAUCUGUAUUCUCCAGGUGAACUCACGGACAACCCUGCCGACGGCAUUCCGUUGUUCAAGGGCCACAAGAUUGUUCAUCUAGACUUGAAAGGUGCUCCGCCAAGGAUGAGCUAUUAUAACUAUCUGUUUCCUUUGUUGCGGAAGUUAGGAGCCACUGGUAUACUUGUGGAGUACGAGGACAUGUUCCCCUUUACAGAUAGUAUCGAGGACAUCCACGCUGGCAAUUCUUAUUCCAGGAAAGAUAUUGUACAAAUUCAAAAUAUAGCUAAAAAUAAUCAACUAAUUAUUAUACCAUUGAUACAAACCUUUGGUCAUAUGGAAUUUGUUCUCAAAUUGGAUAAGUAUAAAGACUUCAGGGAAGUUCCACAUUAUCCGCAAGUCUUGUGCCCUACGUAUAAUAAAACGCUUCCAUUAAUAUAUGAAAUGAUAAAUCAAGUUGUAUCAGCACAUCCAACAUCAAAAUAUCUACAUAUAGGUGCGGAUGAAGUUUAUCAAAUAGGAGAAUGCUCAAGAUGUUUAGAUGUUAUGUCUAAAAAGCAAUGGGGUAAGCGACAGCUCUUUCUGGAUCAUGUCUCCACAGUAGUCAAAUAUAUUAAGGAAAAAUAUCCAGAACUAACUGUACUUAUGUGGGACGAUGAGUUUCGUGAUAUAUCGCCACAAGAAAUCAUUGACAGAGGCUUGCACUUGACAAUAGAACCAGUUAUUUGGAAGUAUACUACUGAUCCUGGUACGACAUUAACCGAUCAAUUGUGGGAAAGUUAUGCCGCAGUAUGGAAGCAAGUCUGGGUUGCAACUGCAUUCAAAGGAGCCACUUCACCAGACAGAUAUUACACAGACAUUUCGUAUCACAUGGAGAACCAUCAAGGUUGGUUAGAAAUUAUUCAUAAAUAUUCAAAUCAAAUUACAUUUAAAGGUGUCAUGUUGACUGGAUGGCAGAGAUACGAUCACUUUAGUGUUCUUUGCGAAUUGUUGCCAGUUGGACUACCAUCUCUCGCCAUUAAUUUAGCUGUACUACAAGCAUCUGAUUUAAAUGGCUUCCCUAUAGAAUUACCUAGUCAUAUAUCUGAAAUUUUACAAUGCGAUAGUGUAAUUUCAUUGAGCAUACCAGAACCACAGUAUGGCUGGACAAAAUGCGGUUUUCACGGAAUGUCUAUAUAUGCAGCCAUCUUACGUCUUUAUUCUUUGACACAAGAAGUAAUGAAAAUGGAACAGGAUAACACCUACAAAGGAUGGUUAAAACCGUACAAUAUUAAGUAUUCUUUUGCAAGUCCUAGUUAUGUUGAACGUGCAGUCACUGAUUUGGAUAGACAUAAAAUGGAAAUAAUGUAUAUCGAGAAAGAAAUGCGUACAGCUAUGGAAGAUAUUUAUGACAAUUAUACGAUACAAGAAUGGCUAGAAACAUAUACUGCACCUUUAAAUGAAAAGCUUAAUCAAUUGUGGGAAGCCAAGGAAAAACUUUUAGAAAGAAAUACAUGGCCAAGAAGACCUCUCACAAAAUCUGACUUAUAGUGAAAAAUGUAAUUUCUUUGGACAAGUAGAACAAAUAUUCAUCAUAUUCUUUGUGGUAAAUGUGGUAAGAGACUGAGAUUUUAUUAAAACAAAUAAAAGAAAAGGACACGAACAAUUUCUUAGCAAUUAAUCUUUCAAAAUGGCGUGGAUAAUCAGUGAAAUAUAAAUGUUUCAAACUCGUAAUUUUACAUCUUAAACAAUCGUUGUAAAGAGUAUGUGAUAACUUGUGUAAUUUGAUAUAAGAGAAGAAUCAAAUCACAUAUUAAAUGCACCGUCCGUAAAUUAAUAGAUUUUACUCAUCUCGAUAGAAAUUAUUUCAUUAUUUAGAAAAAAAAAAUAUUCUCUUAAUACAGUUAAUAUUCUUAAUCACCAGUUUUACAAUCUUAAAAUGCUU